CUGAACACUGGGAUGUCAGAAAAUGAUUUAAACUAAUCUACUUGGCGCUUUUUUCCAGAUUGAGAUGGCUCCGAACCUCACAUCGCUCUUCCUGGCUGACGCCACCUCUGCGGAGCCAGUACAGAUCAUCAGCCCAAAAUCAGAAGUGCUCACCUACAAACCUGUUUAUCAAGCGCCCAAGAAGCCCAUAGCAAAGUCCAAGGAGCCGCAGUACAAAUGGGACAUCGUGUGGAGGAAUGUGCUGAUCUUCAUUUUACUUCACGCCGCUGGAGUCUAUGGGUUAUGCCUGAUGUUCACACGCGCAAAAUGGCAGACGAACACAUUUCAAAUCCUGUACGGGUGUUUCACAGCGCUGGGCGUAACUGCCGGCGCUCAUCGCUUAUGGGCCCACCGCACCUACAAGGCGAAAACGCCGCUUAGGAUAUUCCUGAUGAUCCUCCAGACGGCCGCACUCCAAAACGACAUCCACGAAUGGGUCAGAGACCACAGAGUGCACCACAAGUUCACAGAUACCGACGCUGACCCACACAACUCCAACAGAGGGUUCUUCUUUUCACACAUCGGCUGGCUAAUGGUCAAGAAACAUCCCAUGGUGAUCGGCAAAGGGAAGUCGGUGGAUAUGAGUGAUGUUGAGGCAGAUCCGGUUGUCAGGUUCCAGAAGAGGUACUAUGUGCCCUUGGUGACCCUCCUAACAUUCAUGAUUCCUGCACAUAUCCCAUGGUACUUUUGGGGUGAGAAUUGGUGGGUGACUUGGUAUGUCACCAUUUUCAGAUACACUUUGUCCUUGAAUUUCACAUGGCUCGUGAACAGUGCUGCACAUAUUUGGGGAACGAAGCCAUACGACAAGAACAUAAACCCGACAGAGAACAGAUUCGUGGCCGUGGCUGCGUUCGGCGAAGGUUGGCACAACUUCCACCACGUCUUCCCUUGGGACUACAAAGCGGCAGAGUUGGGCAACUACAGGAUGAACUUCAGCACAGCCUUUCUGGACUUCAUGGCUCACAUCGGUCAAGCGUACGACCUGAAAACGGUGUCGGAAGCGAUGGUCAAAAGGAGGGUCAAGAGGACUGGCGAUGGCACGUGGGAGGAGAAGGAAAAUGGAGGAAAGAGGGAAGAUAGGGGGCAUGAACAUGAGUAUGGGGAGUAUGUUUGGGGAUGGGGGGAUAAGGAUAUGAGGGAGGAUGAUAUCAAGGAUGUGACGGUGUUGAAUCAGUUGAAACAAGAGUGACGAAGUGAUAUGUGAAAAAUAUGAAAAGCUGUAAGGUAACUUCUUAUGAGUCUUUAAAGUAGCCUUCCUUGAAAUUACUUGCUAACUAAGCAAUGCAAAUUGUCAUCAAAAAAACCCAAAAAUUUGCCUAUGAGUAUCUAAAUAACAUGCUUACUUGGCCAUCAUAGAUCAAGAGAAACUCUAAGCUAAAUCGACUAAUAAAAACGGAUCUAAUGGAGGAGUGGCCUGAAGAUGCCAAUUUACCACUUGAAAAUUCCUUUUCUACGUAACUGCCGCAGAAAAUAUUUUGAGUACAAUGCCAAUGGUCUAUAAUGGACAGAGAAACUGUGUGAUAGGUAGGACCUUAUUAUUUACUAUGAGUUCCGAGGUGCUACUUUUUUACUUCAUUACUGUCAAGUAGGAUUUCCGAAUGACUAUUUUUUUCAUUAUUUGACACUCAAGCAUCAUGAAAUAUCUUAGAUAGUUCCUUGGAGAGUCCUUUGUUUGCUAUGCAUUUAUCAAUUGUGUUUUACUUUUUAUUCGGAACCAUUUUCUUUUGUUAACAUACAGGGUGACUUCGAAGUUGAGUCAUUUAUUUUAAUAGUGAGUAGAUCUGAU